AAGCGUUUGCAGUGCAUGCUGGUAAAUGUAGUCACCGACAGCGUCAAAAAUGGUGGACAUCCAGCCUCCGCCUUUCAGAACAUUAGACGAUUAUCUUCUGGGUUCGGCCAGAUUCGCCGUGCCUGAUGUUCGCAACUUAGACCGGUGGAAUAACCGGAUAAUAAACAACUUGCUCUAUUUCCAGUCAAACUAUUUUGCAUCCGCCGUGUCAUUGCUGCUCAUAGUCGGGUAUUUCCAGCCAUUCCAGCUGAUUCUUGGGGCAACAGUUGUGAUUCUUCUGUUCCUGGGGUUUGUCUGGGCUGCUGAAAAUAAGGCUGCAGUUCGGCGGUUCCGGAGGAAUCAUCCAUCCCUCUGUCUAGCUGCAAUCUUGGGCUCCAGUUACCUUCUUCUGUCCGUUUUAGGAGGAGCAGCUGCUUUCCUCUUUGGCAUUGCCUUCCCCAUUUUAAUGAUCCUUAUCCAUGCCUCAGUAAGACUCCGAAGCCUUAAUAAUAAACUGGAAAACAAGCUGGAGAGUAUAGGAUUGAAGAGGACGCCCAUGGGUCUGCUACUGGAAGCGCUGGGACAGGAACAAGAGGCUGGAUCAUAGCUGUACUAACAACUACUUAGCUGUAUUAACACCCACUCCUGCUUCCUUAAGCUCUUCUUAUAUAUCUUCAAAAAUAGAUAUAAAAAGGAUAUUAAUAAAAAAGAAAUUGCCACUAUAUAUUUGCCAAGAGGACCGGAUUUAGGUGAAUUUGUAAUGCGGUAUAAGAAUGAAAAAGAUUUACAUUACAGGAGGACAGUGUUAAUAGUUGAUUAGUUAUAUUUUGGACUACAUCCAAUUAUACUGUAUAUUAGAUGUCCUUAUCUAAAAAUAGCAAAAUAAUGCCUUUGAAUAUGGUGUGGGUGGAGUUUUUGAAUUCAUAUUUAUUAUUUGAGUAACAGACCAGUUACUGCUUCAUUCCAUAGAUGUGCCAUUUAAGUCUGCAUUUAAGUUUUUCUGUACCUAAUCAUUUAUACAGUUGUGUGGGGACCACUUGAGUUUGUGAAGAAUAUGUGGAGAGAAGGGUGCAGCUAGUUUAAGAGUAAGAAGUUUUUUUUUUUUUUUGCCAGUGCAUUAAAUGACCAAAUUGAAUUAUAUUAUUUUUACAUAUUGUUUUGAGUUUUGUUUUGUUUUCAACAAAAUUGUGCCAUCUUGUGCAUUAGUGGUUGCUCUCAUACAAAAGUGCCAAGAUACAUCUGUCUUCAUCAAUUGCAUUUCACCCAAAAAACUGCCAUUGUUAGAGAAUGAUGUUUUAUGUCCUCAUUAGGAAAGUAAACAGGCAAAUUAGAGAUAGUACUGAAUAUAUGAGGAAUUAAACUUUUUUUUCUUUUUCUCUUUAGCAUGUUUAAACCUUUGACAGCUUGUGCAUUUAAGGACAUUACAAAUACUUGUAAGGUUUUAUUCCUACCUAACUUUAAAGACAAUGAGAACACAAAAAUGAUAAAUGAAGUAAGUGUAAAUACAUUUUUGCUUUGAUUUCAUUCAUUAAUGAACUUACGCAGUUCAUGUUUAAUGUUUACAAUAUCAGCUGCCUUGUAUAUCUCAUCCAUUGCUUAUAAAUACACUUUAAUAUUUCA